AUGGAAACCUGCCCUGACUUUGUGGACGUGGACAAUUUUUUCAAACGAACUUCUUCCUCAUAUUGGGAGGACUAUGACCUCUAUUUUUCAACAGCAAGUCAACCAUCUCAUGGUUCUUUUAUGCGAGAUUUGCAGAAAAUAGCGGAUAACGAGCAUCUUUCGUAUUUUCUGCGUAAACGUGCGACAAGUACACGCAUCCGCGUCAAUGAGCCUCGUAGAAAAAAUAGUUUCCUGGCUUUGCAGGAUGCUUUCCACUAUCGCCAGCAACAAAUGCAACUUCGGGUUAACAGUUCAUUAAAAGUGGAACACACUGCCAAUAGCACGGUUUUACUUCACAAGAAAAGUACAAAAAGUCGUGAAGAAACCAAUGGAGACACUGCAAACGCAACAUUCGCUGAUGCCGAUGCAUCCGUGAGCGGAUACCGUACAGCAGAGCGGCGGAAUUCGUUACCGAAAGAAAAAAAUUCACUGUAUGGAACUUCUCCAGCGAACAUUUAUAACCUGCCUCAACGGAAUCCUUUUAUUAACGAAUGUUCACAAGGAAGUAAGCACGGCCGUGAUACAGAGGCGGAUGAAGAGUACAAUGCAAAUCAAACUGUCAUUGGUGGCAAAAAUAUCGAUUGGAUCCGUAUCAGAGACAGACUGACACGAUACCAGUUGAAAAAAAAUCCACCGAAAACAAAGCCAGAAUACUAUGAUGUUUUAUUUUUCAAUAUUAACGACAAAAAUGGUUUCUUAGGGACAUUAGAAGAAAGUACUGUUGCGCAGAUGCUUAAGGAUAUAAAAAAGGAGGAAAAAACGAAAGAUAAUACGGAACAGGAUAUUAAGUUACUGCUUGAUAGUAUUAUUGACUACGAUAUAAAAAAGACCAAAGAGAGACUUAAACGACGGAAAGAGGAUAAGGAUAUUGAUUCAUUUGAGAAGAAAUUCGCGCUGCAUUUUGUGAGCCUCAUGAUAGAACAGAUGGAAGAUGUCGAUUCGUUUCUUGAUCAUAUGUCUGAGAACACUUAUAUUGUCGAUGUUUUGGCACCAGCCCUCCAUGACUUCUUCAUAAAAAACAAAAAGAACUGGCGUGUUUCUUAUGGCGAUACAUGUCUUAAGGCAAGCGCAAAAGAUGAUGAACGUCGAUCUUCCGGAGAGAAGAUUGAUAUGAUUGUUACCUUGAGAGAAGAAGAUGAGGAAUUCUCCGUCACUGUAGUUAGUGGUUCCCCAACGGAAAAGAAUUGGAAUCAUUUUAAGGGUGAUCGGAUGAAGAUUAUGAAGAUGCUAAAGUCUUUAAUGAAUCGAUUUGCAGAGCUUCGUCCGGGUUCUGACAUUAGGUUGGUUAGGCUAUAUGGGCUACAGUCAUAUUUACACGAACUGAUCAUUUACGAAUUCCAGCUCAAGUAUACUGAGCUUUACACCAUGGAAGGGAUUUUAAAGUUCCCCCUACCUAAAAGAUGGAAAGAUAUGUUAAAGGCUCAUGAGACCGUGAUGGGCUUAUUGAAAUAUGAGAAUCUGUUAUUCGAAAGUUCAAAAACUAUACGAGAAUUUCUGAGGGUCAAAGGUAGUAAUGUUGAGGCUGUUAAGAGGACGACACGAGUUUAUACCUCACCUGAAUAUAAUAUGAAGAAAACAAAGAAAGCACGGACCUAUUAA